CAAGCGGGGCUGGGGGGUGGUGCUGGAGGAGCUGCUCCCUGGGCAUGGCUGAGUGCGGCUGUGUUGGUCCCAGGCGUCCUGCGUCUGAACGAGGCGGCCCUGGCGCGGGCGGCCGGCCAGCGUCUGUGGCUGCUCCCCAAGCAGACGUACCUGAAUGUGGAGGAUGAUGAGGGAAGCACCCUGGAGAGGAAGAGGAACAUUAUCUGCUGCCUCAUCAUCCAGAUCCUGAAAGGGGAGAAGGAGCUGCACAUCGAUAACCUGGUGUUCAGGGUGAUCGACGCCUGUCAGAAAUGGGAGUCUGGCCCCGCCCUGAAGUUCCUCAGCUUCUGCUGCAGCAGCACGGACGUGCUGUCCUGCACCCUGCACCUGCUGAGCCAGGGCUACCUGCGGCGCCAGGAGGACAACCCCCAGCUUCUGGAGUACGUCUCCACGGAGCCCACGACACCUCACCGGGGCCAGGCCCAGGUCAUUUUCCGUAGCACAGAGUCCCUGAGGGGGCAGGACAAGGGCAGCAAGUUCUCCCCGUUCAGGCUGGAUGCCCGUGGAGUCGGCUCAGAGGCGGUCCUGAUGGAGACCCUGCUGCUGCCUAUGGGGCGCACCAUGAGUCAGGAGGAGGUGCAGGUGCUCAUGAACCAGACAGUGCAGCAGGUCCUGGACACCCUGAGUGUCUCAGCUGAUAGAGCCCAGCACCUGCUCAUUCACUGCAAGUGGAACGUGGACCUGCUGAUCGAACGCUACACCGAGGACCCUGAGCUGCUGCUGAUUUCCUCAGGGCUGCAAGUGCAGAACCCCCAACCACCCCCAAGUCCCGUCACCCACUGUCCGGUGUGCGUGAGCCAGCUGUGCCCGGACGACAGCCCUCCCACCCUCUGCUGCAUGCACUACUGCUGCAAGUCCUGCUGGAAUAAAUAUCUGACGACUUGCAUCGAGCAGAACCUGGUUCAGAACUGCACCUGUCCCAUUCCUGACUGCCCUGCGCAGCCCACCACGGACUUCAUCUGCUCCAUCAUCUCCUCCCAGGAGGUCAUUGCCAAGUACGAGAAAGCUCUCCUGCGAGGCUACGUGGAGUGCUGCUCCAACCUGACCUGGUGCACUAACCCCCAGGGCUGCGAUCAGGUGCUUUGUAAGGAGGGACUCGGCUGCGGAGAGGCCUGCUCCAAGUGCUGCUGGAUAUCCUGCUUCAAUUGCAAUUUCCCAGAGGCUCAUUACCCGGCCAGCUGCAGCCACAUGUCCCAGUGGAUGGAUGACGGUGGGUAUUAUGAAGGGAUGACGGUGGAAGCCCAGAGCAAACACCUGGCCAAACUCAUCUCUAAGCGCUGCCCAAGCUGCCAGGCUCAGAUAGAGAAAAACGAGGGCUGUCUACACAUGACCUGUGCCAAAUGCAACCAUGGAUUUUGCUGGCGUUGUCUCAAGCCCUGGAAGCCAACGCACAAGGAUUAUUACAAUUGUUCGGCCAUGGUGAGCAAAGCCGCUCGGCAGGAGAAGCGUUUCCAGGACUACAACGAGAGGUGCACUUUCCAUCAUCAAGCAAGGGAAUUUGCUGUGAACCUAAGAAGCAGAGUUUCUGCCAUCAGCGAGGUGCCGCAGAUUCGAACCUUGACCUUUGUUGUGGAUGCCUGCAAAGUCCUGGAACAGGCCCGGAAGGUGCUGGCUUACUCCGCUGUCUACAGUUACUACAACCAGGACACCGAGAAGAUGGAUGUCAUGGAGCAGCAGACGGAGAACCUGGAGCUACACACCAAUGCUCUGCAGAUCCUUCUGGAGGAGACUCUGCUGCAGUGUCAAGACCUGGCCUCCUCCAUUCGGCUGCUCAAAGCUGAGCAUUUUAACACUGGCCUGGAGCUGGUGCGCAGGAUCCAGGAGCGGCUCCUCGCGAUCCUGCAGCACUCCACUCAGGAUUUCCGCGUUGGCUUCCAGGCCCGGCCAGGCUCCGACCAGAGGGAGAUGAAGUUAUCAAAUGUGCCUAAUGCAGCCCCAGCUUACAAAGAGCUGAAGUUCGAUGGGGCAUCUGACUCCCCUGACACAGACGAGGAGGCCAAAGAGGAGGAGGAGGAGGAAGAUGAGGAGUAUGUCCCGGACUGGCAGGAGGAGUAUGAUGAAGACCUUGAUGAUGACAACUUUUCCUAUGACGACGAAUCAGAGAAUCUAGAGCGCGAUUCCUUCUUCUUUGAUGAUGAGGAUGAAUCUUAUGACUAGAGGUGGCCCCCGUGCUGCUGAGCCCAUCUUAGAUCCUAACGCGACACCACCUCUCCUCUGCCAGCCAGCUCUGACAUGCACCGCCUCUCCCUGCUCUGCCCCAGCCAUGCCGGGGUCCCCCAGACACCAGCAGGGGCUGUUCGCUAGUUUCCAAUAAAGGGAAGUUUCCUUUUA